CGAAAAAGACAUUGUGUUCCAGAUCUGGUACUUAAUGAUGUAUUAAAUGAAAUUGCUCAAGAAUAUGCUGAUUAUUUGGCUAGCACAGGUUCAUUUGCACAUAGUGGGAAUACGGUGAAUGAUGGUGAAUAUUUAGGAGAAAAUUUAUAUAUGAUGAGUGGAUCUGCAGGUGUCACUGUGAACGGUAAAAGUCGAUAG